AUGCCGAAGCGAACGUUUGAGCCCGAGAGUGAUGGCGAAGUCGUAUGUGGCCCAGUAAAGAGGAGGAAUACAGAUUAUGCAGAUACGCAGACACCAACCCUGGUCGGCGUGUCUCCGGAGGCCAUGGACAACGAUGAAUACACAGUUGGUUGGAUCUGUGCCUUAAGCACAGAGUAUGUUGCCGCACAAGCUUUCCUCGAUGAAACGCACAAGGGACCAAGAUUUGUGUCCCCAUAUGACCAUAAUCAUUACACUCUGGGUCGUAUGGGGAAUCACCAUAUCGUCAUUGCAGUCUUACCUAGCGGCGAGUAUGGCAUUGCCUCUGCAGCUAUUGUGGCCAAAGAUAUGCUCCAUAGCUUUCCCAAUAUCAAGAUUGGCCUUAUGGUCGGCAUCGGCGGCGGCGCGCCAAGCCAGAAGCACGAUAUACGUCUUGGCGACGUUGUGGUUAGUGACCCCAGAGAUGGGAUAGGUGGUGUGUUCCAGUACGACUUCGGCAAGAUACUUCAGGAUCAGAUGAAAGACGUGGAAUUCCGCACAACGGGUUUUCUAAACCAGCCGCCAAUCGUCCUACGAACUGCAGUAAGUGGGAUAAAGGCACGUCAUGAGAUGCAUGGGCAUCGGCUAAAAGAGGCCAUUAACAACACUCUCAAGAAGAUACCAAGAUUGCAGCAGGAGUAUAAGCGACCAGACCCAUGCAGCGACAGGUUGUAUCGAUGCGAGUUCACCCAUCCUGUAAGCGGUGGCUUAAGUUGUACCGCAGUCUGUGGUAACGAUCCCUCAAAGUUAAUAUCUCGUCCGGAACGGACCAGAGACGGGGACACGCCGAACAUUCACUACGGACUAAUUGCUUCGGCGAACCAGUUAAUGAAGAACGCUCAGGUUCGAGAUAGACUGGCAUUAAAAAAGAAUAUUUUAUGUUUUGAAAUGGAAGCGGCAGGAUUAAUGAGCAGCUUCCCUUGUCUAAUUAUUCGGGGUAUCUGCGACUACUCAGAUUCUCAUAAGAAUGAAGAGUGGCAAGGGUAUGCAGCGAUGGCAGCGGCUGCGUAUGCGAAGGAUCUUCUCAGUCAAAUUCCUUCAAAUAGCGCCGAGAAUCUCCGCAGGACAUCAAGUGGCAUCUCAUUACGGCCCAGAAGAGGAGAGAAUCAAUCGCUCAAUGACGAGCAAAGACGUGUGCUACUGGAGUCGCUGCGAUUUGACCAAAUCGAUGCCCGGCAGAUGACCAUCAAGAACGCUCAUGCCAAGACCUGUAAAUGGCUGCUACAGACGCCUGCAUAUCUUGACUGGCUUGACCCCAAUAAGUUCAACGAACAUUUCGGGUUUUUGUGGAUCAAAGGGAAGCCUGGGGCCGGGAAAUCGACAUUAAUGAAGUUUGCUCUUGCUAAUGCUCGGAAGAAGACAAAGGGCAAGAUUAUCAUCUCUUUUUUCUUCAACGCGCGAGGAAGUGAUCUCGAGAAGUCCACAAUUGGAUUAUACCGGUCUAUACUGCUACAGCUUCUCGACCGACUGCCUGGACUCCAGGAAGUCCUUGAUUCUCUCCCAUCAGCAAUUCGGGACAGUGGAUAUGACCAAUGGCGGGUUGAAUCGCUGAAAGCACUUUUCGAAAAAGCCGUGCAGGGUCUUGGAGAGACCGGCCUUAUGUGUUUUAUUGACGCCUUGGAUGAAUGUGAUGAGGAUCAAAUCCGAGAUAUGAUAUCGUUCUUUGAAUCGUUGAGCCAAACAACCACGCCAGCCGGUAUUAGCUUUCGGGUCUGCUUUUCAAGCAGGCACUACCCGCACAUUUCCAUUAAGAGAGGACUUAACCUAAUUCUCGAAGGACACGAAGGACAUGGCCAGGAUAUCGUCAACUACGUGGACAGCGAGUUGACAAUUGGACACAGUCGUCUUGCCGCGCAGAUCCGUGCUGACCUGCAAGAAAAGGCAUCUGGAGUUUUUAUGUGGGUUGUCCUAGUGGUGGGAAUCUUGAACAAAGCGCAUGACAAAGGCCGCAUUCAUGAGUUACGAAAAAUACUCCGAGAUAUUCCUGGGGACCUUCACGAGCUGUUUCGCGAUAUUUUAACGCGGGACUGCCAUAAAAGGGACGAACUGCUUUUGUGUAUUCAGUGGGUGCUCUUUUCGAGACAGCCGUUAAAGCCGGAACAGUUAUACUUUGCCAUCCUGUCUGGCAUUGAACCAGGGGCUCUUUCUGACUGGAAUCCUGAUGAAAUUACAGUAUCUAUUAUGAAGAAUUUCAUCCUUGAUUCCUCUAAAGGGCUUACCGAAGUCACUAAAUCUAAAAACCCAACAAUUCAGUUUAUUCACGAGUCGGUUAAGGAUUUUCUUCUAAAAGAAAAUGGGUUAAGGGAGAUUUGGUCCGAUUUUGGAGAAAACUUUCAAGGAGAAAGUCAUGAACGACUAAAGCAGUGUUGCCUCAGGUAUAUGAGCCUUGAUAUAGCUGCCCAUUUAAAUAUCGGCAGCUCGCUUCCGAAAGCAUCAUCCCAGGAAGCUGCAGAGCUCCGCCAGUCGGCAGAUACAUCAUUUCCAUUGCUUGAGUACGCUGUACGAAACGUUUUAUACCACGCGGAUGCGGCAGAAGGCGGUGGAAUCGCCCAGACAAGUUUUCUUCAGACCUUCCCGCAGGCUGACUGGAUUAAGCUUGACAACUUGUUUGAACGACACGAGGUACGCCGACAUACAAAUGCGAGUCUUUUAUAUAUAUUAGCGGAGCAUAAUAUGGCGAAUCUCAUCGGACGUCACCCGUCCAACCUAGCGGGCUUUGAAGUACAAGAUGAACGUUAUGGCACACCAAUUUUUGCGGCGCUAGCUACCAAUAGCGGCGCGGCAACUCGGGCGCUGUUAAAAGCCCAGGUGGAAAUCAACCCAGCGAUGUCUCCUAUUCACAGCCUGUUUGAACAGUAUUACCCGGAUGGAAACAAACGAUCCAACUUCGGACGUGACUUCACUUUUUCACGGCUAAGAGGGGUUCUCAGUUAUCUCGCAGAGCAUGGCGAAGAGGUAAUAAUGCUUGCAUUUCUGCUGGCUGUUAGAGGCGCCGAUAUCGACAUCGGGGAUAGAGACCGACGGACGCCGCUAUCGUGGGCCGCUAAGAACGGGCACAAGGCCGUGGUGAAGCUGCUCCUUGAGAAGGGCGCUAAUACUGAGACCACAGAGAGCCACCGCGGCCAGACGCCGCUAUUAUGGGCCGCUGAGAACGGGGACGAGGCCGUGGUGAAGCUGCUCCUUGAGAAGGGCGCUGAUAUUGAGGGCAAGGAAGGACCGACGCCGCUAUCGUGGGCCGCUGAGAACGGGCAUAAGGCCGUGGUAAAGCUGCUCCUUGAGAAGGGCGCCGAUACUGAGACUAGAAUGAGCUACUACGGCCAGACUCCGCUAUUAUGGGCCGCUGAGAACGGGCACGAGGCCGUGGUAAGGCUGCUCCUUGAGAAGGGCGCUAAUAUUAAGGCCAAAGAUGAGAAAGGACAGACGCCGGUGUCGUUGGCCGCCAAGAAGGGAUACUGGAGUGUCAUCGAGCUACUACGACAAUACUCCCCAUAA